UGCAGUAGACAGUAUGUGGCGGCAGGCUGCUUGGUUUGUGUUGUAUUGAUUGUCAUUUUCAUAUUGAUCAUAUCGAGGUGUGUGGCAGUGAUGCAGUGCGGCUGGCCUCUGCUCGGUCCGCUGCAGUGGAUCCGGUACAUCAACAAACAGCUGAUGGUGAGAGCGGGAACAGAAGCAGAGCACCGAGGCUGGCUGCUCACCGUAGACCCCGUGUCCGCCAGUGUGGUCCUGGUGAACUUCAAGGAAGAGGGGGGAGCAUCAGUGCAGGUGGUGAUGGGUCAUGCUGUGGAAGAGGUGGAGGUUCUGCAGGAAGCUGACGAGGAGACCACCAAGCGUCUCCAGACCUCCUUCCUCCCCCCGAGAACCCACAGGCUAGACCUGGAGGAGCUGAGGAGGAGGAGGGGCGGUGUCCGGAGGUGGCUGGAGAAGAACCGGUUCCCAGUUAUGGAGGAGGGGGAUGAGCUGAGGGUGGCAGGGGUCCUGACCAUCACAGCCCCAUACAGACCUGAAGACUGCUCCAGCCCCAACCAGAUCAUCCUGGACCGCAUCCAGAAACUGAUCCAGAUCCAACCACAUCAUCCAGACAAUGAUCCAGAUGUCCCUGCAGGACUGCAAACCUUACCUAAAACCUGUCAGGACAGUUAAAUUCACCAGUCUGUCUCCUGGCCAAUCAGAGCGCAGCGUGACUGACAGCUGGUCUGGAACCAGUUUGAAGAUCUAGACAGGAGACGGGUGUCGUUCCAGUUCUGACCAGCAGGACGUUUAUCUUCAAACAUCUGAAAUGUUUGUUCAGACUUUUUCUUCCUGUUUCAUCGUGUGAUUAUUAAAAAAGUUGAAUGAAGCAACAUCUCUGCCGUUUCUCCACAAACUCUUUGAAAUGUUACCUUUGAUCACAUUUUUCAUGUUUCAUCACUUUAUUAAGACUUCAAGUCAAAUUGGAGAAUAUAAAUAUGAUCUGACGACAGUCCCCAGUGAGCAGCACAUGUUUCCAUGGUAACAGUUCGACCAGUUGAAUCAGGUUUAUUACCUGUGAACUGUAAAGAGGAUAUAAAUCAGUCUGACCUCAGUUACCAUGGAAACAGAUCCCCCAGCCACACCUGGUCCUGCUCAGAUUCAUGGAUGCAUCAA